UUCCCGCCCCCCGCGGGUGACUCAUGGGGAGGCCGUGACUUUAUGGAGGGGGAGGCUACCACGAGCGCGGGGCCGUCAGCCAAAACCUCACGGCGCGGGGCGGAGGAGCGCUGCGGCCGGCGAGCGGCGGCUGAGCAGGCUUUGCCCGGGCGUCCGCGGCCGGCGGCGGGAGGCAUGAGUGCAUCGCGGGGCGCAGGCCGGGCGCUGGCCGCGCUGCUGCUGGCGGCGUCCGCGUUGAGCGCCGUGUUGCUGGCCCCUGGCGGCUCUCAGGAGCCCGAUUUAGAUAAGAAAAGGCACGUGGAACUGAAGAUGGAUCAAGCUUUGCUUCUUAUCCAUAAUGAGCUACUGGGGGCAAACUUGGCUGUUUACUGGAAGUCUGGAUGCUGUUAUCAGUGCUUGUUUCAGUUUCUGGUAAAUGUUUCUCAAAGUGGAAAGCCUGGGAAGCCAAGCAUCGCAGUGGUCUCUGUCAGCACCCAGCAUGGAUCUAUCCUGCAAGUUAAUGAUACCUUAGAAAAGAAAGAAGUUUGUAGGCUUGAAUACAAAUUUGGAGAGUUUGGAAACUAUUCUCUUUUGGUUAAGCACACCUAUAAUGGAGUCAAUGAAAGUGCCUGUGACCUUGUUGUUAAUAAGAAUCCAGUCAACAGUAAUCUUCCUAUAAGUAUUGCAUUUCUUGUUGGUCUAGCACUCAUCAUUGCUAUAUCCUUCUUAAGGCUUUUGCUGAGUUUGUAUGGCUUUAAUAGUUGGAUUUCUAAGGCAAUAAAUUCUCAAGAAACUGAUCGCCUCAUCAAUUCUGAACUGGGAUCCCUAAGCAGAGCAGACCCUCUCAGUGCUGAUUACCAACCAGAAACACAACACCUGUCUGCCUCACUGCACCGCCUUCGCUCCGUGGACACAUUCAGGGGGAUAGCUCUCAUCCUCAUGGUCUUUGUUAAUUAUGGAGGAGGAAAAUAUUGGUACUUCAAACAUUCAAGUUGGAAUGGUAAGCUAUUUCCUAAAGCUAGCAUUGCUCAUAGUUCCAUUUAGAGAACUGCAUAUCAAGAGGCUCACUCAACACUCCCUCUAGAAGCUCCAUGGCUUUGGUCAUCCUCUUCUAGCCACUGAGUCCCUGCCCCCAUGGAAUGACCUUUAGCCCAUUUUGUGAGCCCUUUAGUUUAGUUCUUCCUCUUGUAUGCUGUGGAUCUAUAAUGUGUACAUGUAGAGUGCUUCACUAUAAUAACAUGAGACUCUGAGGAGUUCUAUGAGAUUGUGGGAUUCAACAGAAGAUGUAAAGAAUUUGGUUUUAAAUGAUCCUUGUUAUUGUGUGCAUAUGAACGUCACCAUAUUUCUUGCAGAUUCUGUGUUCUGAAACUUACAGACAUUCUUGGGAUGCCAUAGAACUGGGAUUGGGCUGAAUAGUGCUGAAUAAUAGCUAUAAAUCUUGCUUGGUAGUUGGUUUAAGAGUAGAUUUUGUAGGAUUCAGAAGAAUCAUGUUGAAUACUUAAAUGUUAACAGACCAUUAGAAAUUCUAGUAGUAUUUUGCUCUGGUCAGAUCAUAUCUGUAGAGGACUGGGGAAGGCUUCAGAAAAGGGGCUGUCUGUGAUUGUGUUUCACCACUGGUGUCCAGCUCUAUGUAUUGAUUACUGGUGAGGAGUUAUGUUGUGGGUUUGCAGAUAAGGAAGCUUCACUAUUCAGACCUUGAGUCCAGAUGUUUACACCUGACCACUAUGUUUAAGUGUUUAUUUAAAACAAAAGUGAUAGUAGGUAUAGGUAAGAACUUUCUCAAUGAAACCCCAGCAGCACAGCAACUAAGAGAUA